GUCAGAUAUCACUCAGUCACCAGUCGUCCGUUAUUUUUUCAUUGGUGGUCACCAUGACAUCAUUAAAUACCGGAGAGGAAUACCGGGAGACCUUAGAGGUUUUGAUGUAGAGAUGAGGAUUUCCUGUCGGAUGCGGCAAACCGGCAUCAUUGCUCUGCAGAUAUCUUGACUGAAAGUUUGGACGUUCUGGAACUCUGGACUCUAUCUGUAAAUCAAAGCCAUGGGGAAGGAUUACUAUAAGAUCCUUGGCAUAACGUCAGGCUCUAAUGAAGAUGAAAUCAAAAAGGCCUAUAGAAGGAUGGCCCUAAAGUUCCAUCCAGACAAAAACAAGGAUCCCAAUGCUGAAGAGAAGUUUAAAGAGAUAGCAGAGGCUUAUGAGGUUCUGAGUGACCCAAAGAAGAGAGUCAUCUAUGAUCAAUACGGCGAGGACGGUUUGAAAACAGGUGGCACAGGCUCAUCUAGUGGACAGGGGACUACAUAUCACUACACCUUUCAUGGGGAUCCACAUGCCACCUUUGCUUCUUUCUUUGGAGGCUCCAACCCCUUCGAUAUAUUCUUUGGUUCUGGACGCCAACGGGGAACCACCAAUGGCACUAAUGACCAUAGUGGUGAUCAUGACAUGGACAUUGACAUGGAUGGAGAUGAUGAUCCUUUCAGCUCCUUUAGCCACUUUGGCUUCAAUGGUAUCAAUGGUUUUCAUCACGGUGGAGGUCGAAGACAUCGUAAUGAGCCCCUUCAUGGUGGCCGGAGGAAAGUACAGGACCCUCCAGUGGUACAUGAGCUUAAAGUGUCUCUAGAAGAGAUCUUCCAUGGAUGUACCAAGCGGAUGCGAAUCACUCGCCGAAGACUGAACCCAGAUGGAAGGACAAUGAGGACAGAGGACAAGAUCCUUAACAUUGUCAUCAAGAGAGGCUGGAAGGAAGGGACCAAGAUCACCUUUCCCAAAGAAGGUGAUGAGACGCCUGAGAACAUUCCUGCUGAUAUUGCAUUUGUGCUCAAAGACAAAGGGCACCCUCUCUUCAAAAGAGAUGGAUCCAACAUCAUUUACACAGCCAAGAUUGGUCUUAAGGAGGCGUUGUGUGGCUGUACAGUGAACAUUCCCACCAUUGACAACCGAGCGAUCACAUUGCCCUGCAGCGAUAUCAUCAAACCAGGCACAAUCAAGAGACUGCGUGGAGAAGGCCUACCUUUCCCAAAAAAUCCGUCUCAGCGUGGGGAUUUGAUAGUGGAGUUCCAGGUGCGCUUCCCAGACAGAAUACCACCUCAGUCCAGAGAGAUCAUCAAACAGCACCUACCACAGUCUUAGAGGAAGUUCAGUGGAUUCCCUGUAAAACACACCGUUUUCCCCAAACAAACAGAUACUGAAUUCGAAGAGGGACAAAUAUGUCGUAAGGACCAGAGGCUCAUUUGAUAUUUUGUUACAGUUUUACCUAAUUUAUUAUCACUUUCUCUGAACAUUUGGAAAGCUGAUUUUUUUGGGAUGUUGAAGUAGUUUGUGUUCAUGCCGAGGCUCAUGACUUUCAACUAGGAUAUUAUUUUAAGAAUUAUUUUUAUUUUAUUAUUAUUUUCCCUUAACGGUUUUUAUCCUCUUCUAUCAACAUGUCGAAGGCAAACAUUUACAAGAAAGGCAGAAAGACUGAUUUGUUGGAUGGUAGGUUAAUAUAUUUGGUGUAAUGACGGACACGAGGAUCAUCCAACAACAGCUGGCUAUUUAUUCUGGAUUUGAAUCUGUUAUUUUGUAGCAGAUUAAAUUCCUUUCCCUUGUAAUAAUCUCAUUUUAAAUGAAGUGAUAAGACAACUUGCCAGUGUUGGAGACUUUUGGAUUUUUAGGAUUUUUGAGCACCAGCAGAGCCAUUUGGUAACUAUUUGAUAUAUUUCAACUCCCUCACGUAUCUCAGCAGUCUACAGGUAUCUAUGGUGGUGUGAUUGCAGGAUUUUUGAGGUCACAGAAAUUUUGAGUGCCUUAAUGUGGCUCAAACCAGCUAUUUUAGUUUCAUAAGUGAAGAGCUUAGGCUAUUGUUGAAAAAUACUGUAAUUACAGUAAUUUGCCAUUUCAGUACCCAAAAGCAAUGUAUGGCAGUAACCAUCAUUUUAGGGAUAGUUUACCCAAAAAGGAUAAAUUGGAAGGAAUAAUGCAGUAAUCUUCAUGGUGCUCUUAAAGGGAUAGUUGAUCAAAAAAUGAAAAUUCGGUCAUUAUUUACUCACCCUCGUUCCAAACACGUAAGACAUUCAUUCAUCUCAGGAACACAAAUUAAGAUAUUUUCUUUAAAUACAAGAGCUUUCUAACCCUGCAUAGAAUGAAAGGGUGCUCCCACGAUCUAGGCUCAGAAAUGUAGUAUGAAGAUAUAAAAUUAAAAUGGCUCAUGUGACAUCAGUGGUUCAACCGUAAUUUUUAUGAAGCUACAAGAACACAUUUUGUAUGCAAAGAAAGCAAAAUGAACUCCUUGCUAUAUUUCUGAGCCUUAAUCACGUAAGGACCCUUGCUAUCUAUGGAGGGUCAGAAAGCUCCCGGACUUCAUUAAAACUAUUUUAAUUUGUGCUCUAAAGAUGAACGCAGGUCUUAAGAAUCAAAAGAGGGUGAGUAAUUAAUGACAGAAUUUAGAUUUUUUUGAUUUUGAUUAUUCUAUCCCGUUAAUAUAUAAUGUCAUAAUGUUUGUGUGGUACACAUGAGGAGUUAACUAGCAGAAUAUCUAGGCUGUUUUUCCAAACAAUGGAAAGUAGACAAUGACUUUGAAGCUAAAAAAAGAUUAAAAAUACUAUAUUAUAAAGUGGAGGAUAGUCUUCCCUUUCUCUCUCUCUCUCUCUCGCGCUCUCUCUCGCUCGCUCACACACACACACACUUUUAAUUUAAUAAGGUGCAAAGGGAAAAGAAACUAUAAAAACAUCACCAUAGGCAGUAUCUUAUGUAGCCAAGUUAUAUCCUAGGUUACAUAUUUGACACAUCACAUGGAUCAUAUACAAAGCAAAAAACUUUGACCUAGAAUAUCUAGUAUAAAAAUGGUCAGACUUGGUCUGACAAAUAGUCCUUGCUGAGAGUUUUUUGUUAUUAACAUUAUGUUAUUAACUGAGAGCAGGAAAAUUUCAGUGAAUAACAAAUUCUUUGAAUAAUGAAUUCUGGUCUGUUCCAGUGUCAGGUUGUUCUGUGAAAGUUUGCCAGCUGAUCACAAAUCACUUUCAUUGUAUGAAAAUGAACAGCCUCAAUAACACAUUUUGUAUAUCAUUUAAAAUAUCAUUUAAGCAACAUAAUUUUAAAUAAAUGAUUGGGGAGGGAUAGCUAUUGAAAAAUGCUCAUUUACUUCACUAUAAACACCAUCCCACACGUUAAAAGAAACCCAAACACUGAAGUUGAAAAGACCAUAUUUAAUCCGAUAUGAAAAAGUAAAUAUAAAAAUUAAAGGGAGAACUGUGAUGUUAAGUGUUUUCUUUUAUGAAAGGCAGUCCUUUAUUGUUCAGUAAGCACAGCUAUAGCUUUUUUAUGAAGUUAUGAGGGAACUGUUUUUUUGAACCGCUUUUUACUACAACCGUUUCAGUAUACUGUAUUUCACACUUUUAAAUGUGUGCAAUGUGAAAUCAUUUGCAAUAGUUCUCUGUAUUUUAGUUUAGAUUUAUAUAAAGUGCAAAGCCUCCCUUUCAGUUGAUUUGUGAUGUACCAUCUUUCUAUAGUAACAGCAGCCUUUGAGAAACCGUAUUUUCUAUAUAAACAACAAUUUUCAUAUUUCCAAGGAUCCUUGCAGGAUUUCUCUUACACAGUCAUAACUGUUAUUUAAUACUUGCUGUAUUUGGUGAUGAAAUGAAAGUAUGGAGGAACAUAACCUUUUUAAUGUCAUGUUGUUUUAUUAUGUGCUGGUGUAUGAUUGGAUUGUUGUACCAUUGUACUCAACAGACUUUUGGACAUCCAGCCACUUCUGUUUUGAAUUUGAAUGUCAACUUUAAAAUGUCUCAUGUUUAUUACUUCUGUCCUCAUGUAUGAGACAGUAUUAAAUGCAGCUCCCUGCACCCAAUGGGAGGAUAAAUCAAUGCAGAA